AUGAGAAUCAGGGUUACCAAAGACGUCAAGGAUUACCCGGAAGGGACGCCGGUGCUGGUUUCACUCGAUGUAACCACUAAGAAGCACAAGGUGGUCAGGCUCGAUGGGGUUAUCCGAACAGUCAUUACUCUUGAUUGCAAUAGGUGUGGUGAACCAGCUGCUGAAACUAUUUUUUCUAACUUCUCACUCUUGCUGAGUGAAGAACCCAUUAAGGAACCAAACACCCUGGACAUGGGUACAAUGUUUGGAUCCAAGAAUUUUGAAGCAUUAGAGGAGGAUGACGACGAUUCUUUGAUUGAUAUUGAAGAUCAACUUUAUUUUCCUUUGGAAAACAGAACCAUUGACAUCUCAAAGAAUAUAAGAGACUUGGUGCACAUAGAAAUCACUCUUGAUGCCAUCUGUGAUCCCCAGCAAGGGUUUAUGUUUGAGAUGUGGUACAAAUCUCAAUAUUCACAGCUGCAAGUGUCUCGAACAAAACGUGGAGGCAAAAGGUUUUAG